GGAAGCUAAUAAUUAACCCUGGAAUGGCUUCUGAUCUGCUGGAAGGCCCUUGAUUGGCACAUGAUGCUUUUCAGACGGGCACCUCUUAGAAAACCGAGGGAAUCGUUCGCUUUGUUUCUCAAUUUGGAAAGGUGUUGAAAUGGCCAUGACCUUCACAGGAAAAGGACUGUCCUUUGGGUAUUGUUUACGUUUUCUGAGACACCUGUUAAAAGCUCUGUGUCACCUUACAGUAGAGGAACAUGGGUAAUAAACAACCAUAUCAUUACCUGCAUUUCUAAUGUUGCAGAAUUAAUUGGGGAGAAAGGCGGCUUUUCUGGACCACUUCCUUCAUAAGAGGAAAUUCACCUCCACGUGAGCCUUGGGGAAUGCUUGUAAAGAUUAUCACAGAAGGGUUACUCGGCGGCCGUUAUGACCUCCCGGUUACGUGCGUUGGGUGGAAGAAUUAAUAAUAUACGGACCUCAGAAUUGCCCAAAGAGAAAACUCGAUCCGAGGUCACCUGCAGCAUACGCUUUUUAGAUGGCUUGGUACAGACCUUUAAAGUUAAUAAACAAGAUUUGGGCCAGUCACUUCUGGAUAUGGCCUAUGGCCACCUGGGCGUGACGGAGAAGGAAUACUUCGGCUUGCAACAUGGCGAUGACCCAGUGGACUCCCCCAGAUGGCUCGAGGCAAGCAAACCCCUCAGGAAGCAGCUGAAAGGAGGUCUCCCCUGUAUCCUGCAUUUUCGAGUAAGAUAUUUUAUACCUGACCCCAACACGCUGCAGCAGGAACAAACCAGGCAUUUGUAUUUCUUACAACUGAAGAUGGAUGUUUGUGAAGGAAGGUUAACCUGCCCUCUCAACUCAGCGGUGGUUCUAGCAUCCUAUGCAGUGCAAUCUCAUAUCGGAGACUUUAAUUCUUCCAUACAUCAUCCAGGCUAUCUUGCCGACAGCCAGUUCAUACCAGAUCAAAAUGAUGACUUUCUAAGCAAGGUGGAGUCACUCCACGAACAGCACAGUGGGCUAAAGCAGUCAGAAGCCGAAUCUUGCUACAUCAACAUAGCUCGAACCCUUGACUUCUACGGAGUGGAGCUUCAUGGAGGCAGAGAUCUACACAAUUUAGAUCUAAUGAUCGGAAUUGCGUCUGCAGGCAUCGCAGUGUACCGAAAAUACAUCUGCACAAGUUUCUACCCUUGGGUGAACAUACUCAAAAUUUCUUUCAAAAGGAAAAAGUUCUUCAUACACCAGCGGCAAAAGCAGGCUGAAUCCAGGGAACAUAUCGUGGCCUUCAACAUGCUGAAUUACCGAUCCUGCAAGAACUUGUGGAAAUCCUGCGUGGAGCACCAUUCGUUCUUUCAGGCAAAAAAGUUACUACCUCAGGAAAAGAAUGUUCUGUCUCAGUACUGGACUCUAGGCUCCAGGAACCCCAAAAAGUCUGUAAAUAACCAAUAUUGCAAAAAGGUGAUUGGAGGGAUGGUGUGGAACCCAGUCAUGAGGAGAUCCUUAUCGGUGGAACGGCUAGAAACCAAGAGUCUGCCUUCCCGGUCGCCUCCCAUCACCCCCAACUGGCGAAGUCCACGGCUCCGCCAUGAAAUCCGCAAGCCCCGCCAUUCCUCCGCAGACAACCUGGCCAAUGAGAUGACCUACAUCACAGAAACGGAGGACGUGUUCUAUACCUACAAGGGAUCCCUAUCCCCCAAAGACAGCGAUUCCGAAGUUUCCCAGAACCACAGCCCACACCGGGGGAGUCUGUCUGAAAACAACCCAGCCCAAAGCUGCCUGACCCAGAAGUCAUCCAGUUCUGUGUCUCCAUGUUCAAAUGCACCAGGCUCCUUCUCCCCAGAUGGAGUUGACCAGCAGUUCUUAGAAGACUACCACAAGGUGACCAAAGGAGGCUCCAUCGAGGAAGCCAGCCAGUACUACUGUGAUAAGAAUGACGAUGGCGAUGGCUACCUAGUCCUGAUCCGGAUCACACCAGAUAAAGAGGGAAGAUUUGGAUUUAAUCUUAAGGGAGGAGUGGAUCAAAAGAUGCCGCUUGUGGUCUCGAGGAUCAACCCAGAGUCCCCUGCGGAUACCUGCAUGCCGAAACUGAAUGAAGGGGAUCAGAUCGUGCUGAUCAAUGGCCGGGACAUCUCAGAGCACACUCACGACCAGGUGGUGAUGUUCAUCAAAGCAAGCCGGGAGUCCCACUCGAGAGAAUUGGCCCUGGUGAUCAGGAGGAAAGCUGUACGCUCGCUGGCGGAGAUCAGAUCGGAAGAUGAGCUGAGUCAGCUUUUCCCAGAAGCCAUGUUUCCUGCGUGUCCUGAGGGUGGGGACAGUCUGGAGGGAUCCAUGGAGCUGUUAAAGAAAGGUCUGGAAAGCGGUACAGUGUUGAUCCAGUUUGAGCAACUCUACAGAAAGAAGCCCGGCUUGGCCGUCACAUUUGCAAAGCUGCCUCAAAAUUUGGAUAAAAACCGAUACAAAGAUGUGUUGCCUUACGACACCACCCGGGUAUUAUUGCAGGGAAAUGAAGAUUAUAUUAAUGCCAGUUAUGUGAACAUGGAGAUUCCCGCUGCUAACCUUGUGAACAAGUACAUUGCCACUCAGGGACCGCUGCCACACACCUGUGCACAGUUUUGGCAAGUUGUCUGGGAUCAGAAGUUGUCUCUUGUUGUCAUGCUGACAACUCUCACAGAGCGAGGGCGGACCAAAUGUCACCAGUACUGGCCAGAUCCCCCUGACAUCAUGGACCACGGCAUCUUUCACAUCCAGUGUCAGGCAGAGGACUGUACCAUUGCUUACGUGUCCCGAGAAAUGCUUGUUACAAACACUGAGACCGGGGAAGAGCACACAGUGACCCAUCUCCAAUAUGUCGCGUGGCCUGACCACGGCGUGCCUGAUGACUCCUCAGACUUCCUGGAGUUUGUGAAGUACGUGAGGUCCCUGCGGGUAGGCGGUGAGCCUGCCCUUGUUCACUGCAGUGCGGGAAUAGGUCGAACAGGUGUAUUGGUCACUAUGGAAACAGCCAUGUGCUUAAUUGAGAGGAACCUGCCUGUUUACCCACUGGAUAUUGUCCGGAAAAUGAGAGACCAGCGCGCCAUGAUGGUGCAGACAUCAAGCCAAUACAAGUUUGUGUGUGAAGCGAUUCUUCGAGUGUAUGAAGAAGGCUUAGUCCAGACGUUGGAUCCCAGUUAGGACAACUGUGAAGUGGUCAUUCCUCCUUCCCUAGGGCGACUUCCUGAACAAGGGGACGCACAUUCCCCUGGAGGCCUCCAGAGAUGCUGGUCACUGUGGGAAAGGGAUGAGCUUCUCCGAACCCAGGCACUUUAAAUUUCUGUGGAAAAGAUAUCCUGUACAUAAGAACUGAUAUGUAGAUGUGCAUGCAGCUAUGACUCCUUUGGGCCCAGAGAUAAGCAACAGGGGAUCUCCAGUUGGGAACUGUGUUUCUCCCUACAUAUCACCGUCCCCCGUCAUCCAUCCUUGAGCAGUGAAAGGGGACACCAGCAGUGCUGUUGACACCCCUCCCACCAGAAGCCAGACAACGUGGCUGCUUGUGGUUGCUCAAGUGUUUUGUGUGUUGUUCUGUGUGGGACUCCAAGGGCUGAACUUGCUUGGCAAUUGGUGUCCAUUACCCCUGACACCAGGGAAAACUCAGAUGAAUGUAACACAGGCAGGGCACAAGGGACUUCAGGCCGGAGGAUAAACAGGAUCUAUUCUGCCCUCCCUCCCUCCUUCUGCCUCAUCUCUACCCCUUCUGCCACCCAAAGCACCCCGUUUCCCCACCCCGAAUUCCUUCUCUUCAGGAUCACGCCCAGUGCCUGAACCAGUCUCAUGAUGUAUGUUCAGGUGAAUUCUCAGCCGAGACUGGGAACCAGACUCUGCAUAAUUCUGAGUCUCAGGCUUUGGAAGCAGGCGAGCCUCUGCUCACCCCCUACUGUAUCCUCGGACUCCAUGACUGGAAUCGCCGACUACUGAAUCUCUGGAUUGCUGCUACUUCAAGCUCUCACACUUGAAACAAGACGAUUUUCUUGGGGGCGGGGGGAUGAUAGCAUCCAAAUAUUCAGAAUUUUAGACCCUUCUGAGAAAUGACCUUCUAGUAAGUGGCCAUGAGAAACACUGCUUCUCAAGAGUGGUGCGUGCGUGUGUGUGUGUGUGUGUGUGUGUGUGUGUGUGUGUGUGUGUGUGUGUGUGUGUGUGUCUGUCUGUCUGUCUGUCUGUCUGUCUGUCUCUGUGUGUGUGUCUGUCUGUGUGUGUCUUUGUAUGCCUGUAGGUGGGUGACUUUCUCAGGAUUCCUAACUUGAUUCAAAUUAUUGUUGAGUUUAUGUAAAGAAUUCAUGUCUAUACAGAAGAACAAGUGUGUUCGUUCACCCUAGGUUACAAUGGUCUCCAUUUCAUUUCAGAGGAGAGAAUCAGGCUAUCUGAAUAUAAACACAAUUUGAUGUUAAUUUAUUCUAAGUACUCUGGGAUUUUGAUUGUCCUAAAGAAUUCUGCUCUGUGAAUACCAUGUUAAUUUUUUUUUUAAUUUGUGGCAGGAUUGUAGCGAAUUAUUUAAGGAAAAUAAAUUACAUGAAUGCUUUAAGGUGGUAUUUUUAAAUAGCCGUUUUUAUGUAUUGAGAAGAAUGUCAGCAGGUUUCUUAAUGGUAUUAAGGGAAAAGGAUACUUUAACGUUAUCAUGUAUGAAGACGAAGCUACAUAGAUACUUACUUAACAGGUACGGGACCAAUUAAAGCAUUUUCUAGUUGCAAGAUGGGUAAGGACCUGUAGAAAGGAUGCCAGGUUGUUAAACGUUCUUUAUUUGCAGGCUCAGUUUAUGUGUCUACUUCCCCUGCCUGUCUUUUUACCCAUGCACAUCUUAAUGCUCAGUGACAUGAGUGGAAGGUGCCCAGUGCCCUGUACAAUGAGAAACUGGAAUUUGGUUCUCUAUGCCACUCAACAUCAGGGAGCCCUCAGUCUAGGAACUUGGGAUCUGUGCCUCUUUCUGUGUCCAAUAAAGAGAACCAACACUUGGGACUUGAGGGCACUCAAGAAUUAGAUCACACUAUGAAAACUAAUUUCCACCCUCUGGAAUUUAUAAACCAGUGCCACUGAAGUCCUAGGAAGGUUGACUUCUUUGGUUGACCCUAAGUGCAUCAGACAAGUGAAACCCACCGGGAUUUCAUAGAACAGUGUUGGGGGGAGGAGUGGGGAGCACAGAAGACAGAGGACUGAUACCUUUUCUCAGCCUGGAUUCUGAGAACGCUCUCAGUAAAGCACCGAAAAGAGGAGGAGUAGAGAGGGUGCUGGGUGCAUUUCAGUGGUACCAGGCUGUUUAACAAAUCAUCAUUGUUUGAUAGAAAUGUUUAUCACCACCCUGUGGGCAAACCACUUGCAGAGUCUGAAUGUCCUUGGAGAUUGUUUUAUUAUUUUUCUGGAAACAAGUUGUUGAGUGUGGUCAUGAAAAUGCUGCUGUUAGACUUACAUAAUAUUCUGUGAAGCUUGAAAAAGCUGCAACUGCGCUCGCUCGCUCUCUCUCCCUCCUCCUCCUCCUCCUUCCCUCCCUUUCUCCCUCUCCCUCCCUCCCUCUCUCUCUCUCUCCUUCUUUCCCUUCCCCUCCCCCCUCUGCCAUUGUAUGGGGCCAGCAGUUCAGACACAGCAGUCAUUGCCAGAAACAAAAUCCGUGGGAUCUUGAGAAGGACAAGACAAGAAAAUGACCCCAAGGAGCAGAAUGCCCAGGUAAACUGGGUCAUUAUUACCACUUAAAAACAAAAGCUCCGAGCUCCCAUUUUCCUGCAUCCCACACUUCACGGUUGCUUUUAAGAAGCUAUGUUUCAUCCUAAGAAUUGCAUCAGGAGCAAGGCUAAAUAUUUUGCCUGGAAAAUUUGGCUGGUUGUGAAUGGAGAAGGUAUUUAUAUCCUACAUUCCAGCACCUUCCCAAAGAGCAGAUUAGACACCCCAGUGUACUUCCUUCAUCCGGGUGGGUUCCCUGCUGGUACCACUCUCCAGAACCCAUGCGUGGUGUGUUGAUUUUCCAGAGAGAAAAAUUAAGUGAAGUUCAUUUAGUGGUGGGGAGGCAGGGUGGGUGGAUCUCCAGCGUGUAGCGGUAUUUGUACUUUCCAGGGUGCCUUGGGACUUAAAUGUGCCUCCAAGACUUGUGAGGUUCUCUCAAUGCUGUGCUCUUGAUUGACCCUCUCCCCCUCCCCCCUGCAUGCCUUUAUCCUUCAAAGUUACGAUGGGGGGUGGGGGGGAGUAAGUAGCCUCUUCAUCCUCCCAAGGCAACCGGGAGGCAGCAUCAGCAGGGAAGAAUUAAUGGGACGUAGUCCAGACCUGGGCCUGGGCGUCAGCCCUCAGCCCCUCAGCCAGUUUCUGUUUGCUUGUGUUGAGAAGUGCUGAUGACUGGGUAGAACAGAUGAGGUCAGUCACAGGUAUAUUUCAGGGAAACAAGAUUCAACCUUAACCCGAUCUGAAGAGCUGGCACAGAGAAACACCCGGUCGGUCUGUGACUUGUCCCCAAGAGAUUGGUUUUCUCAGCCCUUAUCACUGUGGAAUUGCAAAGGUAGAGAUCACCACCCUCCUGGUUCUUCACCUGUCAUCCUAGAGCAGACCUAGAAAAGACGGCCAAGUCCCUUGUGAGCUCAGCCUGAGCAAUCAAACCCCGAAGACUGAGAAUAGCAAUGUCGCUUGCUUGAUAGCUCUCGUACCACUGGAGCAACCACAGGACUGUGCUAAGCCAUAGUUUUGUAAAGUUAUCUUUAGUCAAUCAGCAAUAUGUGUUCCUGUAAAUUUGGAAUGUUUUUCAUUCUGACUUGUUGUCAGGGACUCUACUGAAAAACAACUUGAUCAAUAUAAAAGCGUCCGAGCUAUGCAACACUA